CUAAGGCAUUGCUCCAGGGGCUGCAUCUGCUCCUUGUCAGCCCCUGGGCCCAGGAAACCCCUAAAGGGACAGCAUUUGGUGCUUGAAACUCAGCCAGUCAUGCACUCAGCAGGAAUGAUUUCUUGACUUUCCUGAGGUAUGUUAUAGGAAAUAAAUGCUCUUCUCAGGGUAUCCGUGAUCAUGGCAGGUGUGGGGAGAGAGCCAGGCCCCUGCCUCUGAAAAUGCAAACAUCUGGAUCUUACUAACUUUUGGCCUCUGGAAACUUAGUCCUCCCCUUCUCACCCCCCUCUCAGCCCCCUGCUUCCCCUGCAACUGAGGCCGAAUCACCCUCUCAGGUUAGGUUUGCUUGAUGUCAGGGGGCAGCUGUGAUUUUGAACCUGAGACCAACAGGUUCUCCAUUAGGGCUUCAAGUUUGGACAGGAGCCUUUUUCACGUAGGGGAGUUGGGAGAAUUCUCCAAAAUUCAUUCCAUCUCUGCAGGGCAUGGCAGGAGAUCUUUGGUUUUCUUUAACAAUUAAGAGAGGGAAUUACUUGGCUAGGCAUGGUGGCUCACACCUGUGAUGCCAGUACUUUGGGAGGCCGAGGCAGGUGGAUCACCUGAGGUCAGGAGUUCAAGAGCAGCCCGGGCAACAUGGUGAAACCCCAUCUGUACUAAAAAUACAAAAAAUUAGCCAGGUGUGGUGGUGGAUGCCUGUAAUCCCAGCUGCUCAGGAGGCUGAGGCAGGAGAAUCACUUGAACUUGGGUGGCAGAGGUUGCAGUGAGCCAAGAUCAUGCCACUGCACUCCAGCCUGGGCAACAGAGCUAAACUCUGUGUCAAUUAAAGAGAGAGAGAGAGAGAAAGAGAGAGAGAGAGAGAGAGAGAAACAAACUCCCAGCAAUUCAUUAGCCUCUGUGUACCAGGUACUGUUACCUAAUCCUUACUGUCCCUUCUGAGGCAGCUGUCACUUCUGAAUCUCACAGAUGAGAGGGACACAUGUGGUUCAGAGCGUUAGACCUUCUCCACGGCCACAUAGCUGGCAGGUGGUGAAGGCAGGUUCUGAGUGAGGGCCAGCUGCCUUUUCAGGGUGCUGUGGUGCACUGCCUCCUAUGCGUGGCCUAGCUGGGAAUAUACGACGUUGCUGUAGUGCCUGACAGUACAUAUUACACAAUAUCAGUGUAUUACAAUCUACCAAACAUUUUCACUUUCACUGAUUCAAGUCAUUCGCUCAUUCAUCAUUCAUUAAAUAUUUCUACCUAGGUGGGCUGGGCCCUGUGCUGGAUGCUGUGAUACAGCCAUGGACCUGUCCAAGGCCUGGCCCAUUGAGCAGUCUAGAGCUGUGCUGGCCAGUGUUGUGACCACCGGCCACCAGUGCCUGCUGAGCACUUGUAAUGUGGCUAGUGUGACUGGGGAACUAAGUGUCAACUUCAGUUUUAAGUAAUUUCAGUUUAUCUGGCACAUGUGUCUAGUUGCCACUGGGUUAGACAGAGAAACUUGCCAGGAGUAACUUGUCAGGUUUGUUUUCUGUGGAUUCAUUAGGAGUUGAAAAGCUUUCCUCUGGCUUCUGUGGGGAACUACAAAGACCUUUUUCCCUCUCUCUGUACUUGCCAAGCACGGAGAGGGUGGUGACCAGGGGAACUCCCCAGGGAUUCGUGGAAAUUACAUGGGCAUCAACACCAUAGGUUUGCUUCCUCCAACGCCAUAGGUUUCUUGGUGGCUUGGAAAGCCCUGCUGCAUGCUGGAUUCUGCACACAGGCCUGGAGCCCUGGGGCCUUGUUCUGUGGUACAUUGGAUUUUCCUGAGCUUGCAAACUCAGAGAUGUCUGUGGGACUUAGCAAAGAGGGCGUGCUUUUCAGAGGCUUGGUUGGGGCUGGGGGAAAGCCCCUGGAGGCCAUCUCUUCAGCUCCUGCACUGUGUAGUUGGGGAGAUGGAGGCCCAGAAACCUAGGUGACCUGCCCACAGUAACACAGAAAGCAAAGCUGGGCUGGACUAAGGAGGCCUCUGUCAUCAAGGGCUUGAGUGAGUGACUGGGCUUCCCCAGGCCCUCUGAGAUGGGCAAAAUCGGUUGGGCUCACCACGUGCCGCUCUGCAGGAUGCUAUCCUGGGACUGCCAGGCAGGAAAUAGGACCUGGGUUUUGGUCCUAGCCCCACACUGCCCUGCUGUUUGACUAUAACCUCUCCAGGCCUCAGUUUCUUCAUCAGUAAGAUGAGGAGGCUGGAUUGUCUGUUGACCUGGAAAUUUUUUCCACGUUUGACUUUAUGGUCCAUGUAUCACCAGAUCCUGACAGCAAUUCACUUCCAUGGACAAAUGACAAAGAAAUUGACUUUCUUUUUUUUUUUUGAGACGGAGUCUUGCUCGGCUGCUCAGGCUGGAGUGUAGUGGCGUGAUCGUGGUUCACUGCAACCUCUGCCUCCUGGGUUCAAGUGAUUCUCCUGCCUUAGCCUCCCAAGUAGCUGGGACUACAGGUACCCACCACCACACCCAGCUAAUUUUUGUAUUUUUUUCAGUAGAGACAGUGUUUUACUAUAUUGACCAGGCUGGUCUCGAACUUCUGACUCUAAGUGAUCCACCUGCCUCGGCCUCCCAAAGUGUUGGAAUUACAGGCGUGAGCCACUGUGCCUGGCCGAAACUGACUUUUAAGUAGUUUCCAAGUGGCAGGCAGGUCUUCAGACUCCAAAUGUUUUAUGUUCCCUGUCUUGAGAUGGAUGUCUGUGAGUGCAGCCCCUCACAAGGUGUCCUUGGAUUCUUUAGGCUGGGGUAGUCUCCUGGAUUUCUAGUGGGGGUCCUGGGACUUGCAGGGAGAGGAGACUCUGUUAUUGAGCAGCUGCGUUUUCUGCCUGGGUUCUCCUCCAGUGAGGGGUGUUUGUAAGAACAUUGGAAUCACAAAGUGGCCCAUGGCGGAGAAUGCAGCCAGAACAAAGGCGCCCUCUCCCCGCCAGGCCCGGGGAAUACUAACUAGUUGACAGGAAUUUUAAUAUAAAACUCUCCCUCUUCCUUGUCAUUCUGAGGUUUCAGGAAGCCUUCGGGCUUAUCGUGCAGAGGCACACAGUACAGACAGGGCUUGGGGAGGUGAGAGGUGAUUUCCUGCCAUUCUUCUAUGGGGCGGGCUUCCCAGGGUGCUCAUGCCAGGCUGACGGGUGCAGUGUGGGCUCCCGCUGCUGGGGGAGAGUUGGGUUUUCAUGGGGCAGCAGCUGAGGCAGGACCUGCAGCCAUGAACCGCUUCAAUGGGCUCUGCAAGGUGUGCUCGGAGCGCCGCUACCGCCAGAUCACCAUCCCGAGGGGGAAGGACGGCUUUGGCUUCACCAUCUGCUGUGACUCUCCCGUCCGAGUACAGGCUGUGGAUUCCGGGGGCCCAGCAGAACGGGCAGGGCUGCAGCAGCUGGACACGGUACUGCAGCUGAACGAGAGACCUGUGGAGCACUGGAAAUGUGUGGAGCUGGCCCACGAGAUCCGGAGCUGCCACAGUGAGAUUAUCCUACUCGUGUGGCGCAUGGUCCCCCAGGUCAAGCCGGGACCAGAUGGUGGGGUCCUGCGGCGGGCCUCCUGCAAGUCAUCACAUGACCUCCUUUCACCCCCCAACAAACGGGAGAAGAACUGCACCCAUGGGGCCCAGGCACGGCCCGAGCAGCGCCACAGUUGCCACCUGGUAUGUGACAGCUCUGAUGGGCUGUUGCUCAGCGGCUGGGAGCGCUACACCGAGGUGGCCAAGCGUGGGGGCCAGCAUACCCUGCCUGCACUGUCCCGUGCCACUGCCCCCACCGACCCCAACUACAUCAUCCUGGCCCCGCUGAACCCUGGGAGCCAGCUGCUCCGGCCUGUGUACCAAGAGGAUACCAUCCCUGAAGAAUCAGGGAGUCCCAGUAAAGGGAAGUCCUACACGGGCCUAGGGAAGAAGUCCCGGCUGAUGAAGACGGUGCAGACCAUGAAGGGCCAUGGGAACUACCAAAACUGCCCUGUCAUGAGGCCGCACGCCACACACUCAAGCUAUGGCACCUAUGUCACCCUGGCCCCCAAAGUCCUGGUUUUCCCCGUCUUUGUUCAGCCUCUAGAUCUCUGUAACCCUGCCCGAACCCUCCUGCUGUCAGAGGAGCUGCUGCUGUAUGAAGGGAGGAACAAGGCUUCCCAGGUGACACUGUUUGCCUAUUCGGACCUGCUGCUCUUCACCAAGGAGGACGAGCCUGGCCGCUGCAACGUCCUGAGGAACCCCCUCUACCUCCAGAGUGUGAAGCUGCAGGAAGGUUCGUCGGAAGACCUGAAAUUCUGCGUGCUCUAUCUAGCAGAGAAGGCAGAGUGCUUAUUCACUUUGGAAGCGCACUCGCAUGAGCAGAAGAAGAGAGUGUGCUGGUGCCUGUCGGAGAACAUCACCAAGCAGCAACAGCUGGCAGCAUCGCCCCCGGACAGCAAGAAACUCCACCCUUUCGGCUCUCUCCAGCAGGAGAUGGGGCCGGUCAACUCAACCAAUGCCACCCAGGAUAGAAGCUUUACCUCAUCAGGACAGACUCUGAUUGGCUGAGCAAGCCCAAGGGCGGGACUCUGCUUCUGGCAACUUAACCCUUUCUUGGGGAUCCCCUACCACACAGUAACCUCACCUCAACUGGACCUGAAACGGAGGACCAAGAUGGUGGGCCUAGGGUCAUCUGAAGGGAGUGGUCCCAAGGGUGCGUGUGGAUGUCAACAGAAGGACCACAGUGGUGUGAGAGGCCUUGUGGGCAUGCACAGACUGGCAGCAGAAAGCCCCAAGAGGAGAGGACUCAGAGGCUUCUUCCUUCCAAGGAGGAGGAGAAGGAGGAGGUGGAGGAGGAGGACACUCUGCAACUGGGCUUCCAGUGGUGGCUCCCCCACCUGCCUUGGGGGCAGCAGGAGAGGUCGGGAGAGGUCACCCUGAUGGAGAACAAUGCCAUGAUCUGCUGCUGCCAGAGGACAUCUCCGCCCAUUCACUCAUUUUUCACCUGUACACAUUGGCUCAUUCAUUCGAUGGAUAUUUCGGGUGCAUCUACUUUAUGCCAGGCUAUGUGCUAGGAGCUGGGGAUACUGUGGAGAAAAAGACAGACACUCGCUCUCAUCAGGAUUUCAGUGUGGUCGGGAGUGAGCAUUAAAUAAAUCACCAACACACACACAGGCACACACGUGAUGGCAAGCUGUGAUCAUCUAUGAAGGAAAAAAACACAGAUUUCUUUAAGAGGGAAUUAUACUUAGAUUGCUGUGCGGGGGGGCCACUGGGGAGGAACAUAACUUUUAAACAGAGACCCGUGGGCUGGAGAGGCAGGAGCCAGUCUGAGAGUUGGGGAAGAGUGUUCCUGGUAGAUGGAAUAGGACAUGGAGAGUCCUUGAGACAGGAAGGAACUCGGCGAGUUGGAGGACUGGCGAGCAGGCCAGUGUGGCUGGAGUUUAGUGAGGGCAAGACACAGUGGGUAAGGGCCAGACUGUGCAGGGUUUGAUGGUUGAUGUCUUAUUGAUUUCAUUCUAGAUACAGUGGGGAGCCAUUGAAAGCUUUUGAGUAAGGGAGUCACAGGUAUAUUUCUACAAGAUCAGUUUGCACAUAGGAGGAGUGCAAGUGGAUGUGAGAUCAGUUAGGAGCCCCUUCAGUCCUCCAGGUGAGGACUGUCCUGGUGGCUUGUCCUGGAUGGUGACUGGGGAGGUGGAUUUGUGAAUGCCAGGCUCUGGAGGAGAAGAGAUGACUCCCUGCUCCAUCCCCCUGCCUGCCCACCUCCUCAAUGUCCUGCUCUCACAGUGGAUAUGGGUGAGGAUUAGGACCUUUCUCACAGAGCCGCCUUCUGGCCAGGCCUGUGGAGGGUGGGGAAGCAGUGCUGAGUUCUAGGAGUGUUCCUGGAAGCUGGGAGCAGUCAGUGCUCAGCCAGGCCAAGGUGGGAGAGUUCACGGCUGCCCAGGCUUUAGCAGGGGCUGCUGUGCUGUCUUUCCACCCCAUGUUGAGCAUUCUGAUGGGAAGCGGGCACACAGUGCUCUGGAAACUGACUUGGCUUGCUUUCUGUGAGGCUCCCAAGGGCCAGGGACUGGGCUGGGGGUGGCCUAGCAGCUCUAGUGGAGACUGUCCUGCCACAUGGCUAAGGGAAGACUGACCAAGGGAACAGAGGUUCGAGCCCAGCCCACUCACUGCCUGCUCCACCUUCAGCUGGAGCCCAGGGUUGGGCAGCUCUCAUACUCUUUUCUAACAGCCAGACCCAGAGGGAAGAAAGCCCAAGGCCACAGGUCUGAGGGACACGGCUCAUAGGCAAAAGGGUAUUAGGAGGAUUAGAGUCACUUGCGUAGGAAAAGAGGGUCAGAGAGGCUGAGGGCUGGCUCAGGAUAGAGAGGUUCCCUGACAUUGGAAAUUCUUUGUGCUGUGUAAGACCUCAGCAUCUUUAGAGAAAGGUUCUUGUGCCCUGUAAGCCUGCUCAGUUGCUGUGGCCACUUGAAUCCCAAAAAUAGUGGCCUAGAAGAGAAUACACCCCUUACCUCCCACUUACCCUCCUCUCAACCUAGGAAAGAUCAGACAUUGACUCAACAGUCUAACAGGGGAUGGGCUGGAUCUGCCUGUGGCCAGACCAAUGCCCCCACCCAGCAGGGGAGUAGAUGCUGCCUGGACUGGGACCAGUGAUAGACAGCAUCUCUGUCUGCCAGGGCUCAGCCCUUGGGGGGAAUUGUGAGAGGCUGAGCAGCUGGGUCUGCGCGGACAGCAAGCUGCACUUUGAUUUUAUUUGAUUCCCUUACAAAAUGACAUUAAGGGGAAUGUGAGGCACAGGAGACUCGCCUGUCUGGGAAGGCAGCAAGCUCAUCUCUCCUGGACCUGGUGACCUACCUCUGUCUACCAGACAGGUGCAGAGGACAGGAGCUCUGGCCACAAAGAAAUGGAUAAUCUGAAUGCAGCAUGCAGCCCCAGAGACGGGACUUUUCACUCAGCCUGUCCUGAUAAGCUGCUGAGUCAAGCAGAUGCUCACAUCAGGGUCCCAGGCCCAGCUAUUAGGGAAGUGGACAUGAGAUCCUGGUGGGCCUUGGACACUGACUGUGGUGAGCCACAGCACCAUUGCUACUCUGCCUCUCAAAUCGAUGGAACAAUUAAUUUGGCUCCACAGGCUUGAAAAGAUGAAAUAUGACCUGAUGACCACUGCUGUCCAGCAUCCCAGUCCAUCCUAGCUGUUCAGGAUGAUGAACAAGCUAUCAAAAUUGCACUUGAGAAAUAUAAACACGGGAAGCAUUGCCGAGCCCCUCCCUGCCACAUAAAUCAUGCUAAGAAGCACACAAUGGCCUCUUUCCUGAUGGGCCAAUUGUCUUGGUUUGGUGUCUCAGGCCCAGGAGCUGGGAGGAUGGGAGCACAACCGUGUAUUGUUGGAAAGACCAUCUGUGCAACUUCAAUACAAAGUGAUCCUUUUAGUUCCCCACAUACCCUCUGAUCCUCUGAUCCCAUUUUCAUUUUUUUUUUUUAAUGUCUCAGGCUUUGGGUCUUUUAAAACUCUUGGUCUAUCCUGUAAGCCUUCAGGCCUGGAUCUCUGUUGGCCUGGGUCUUUGGCCAUUUGGGAGUUGGGACAUUGCAGACCUUUUGGAAAUAAUGACAUUCAUUUUUAUAUGUCUUGUAUUUUUAUUCUUUAUUUUUUUUCCCCAAAAAAUUCUACUACCAAAGCCCUCAUUUGUCACACAUGGCACCAAGGCACCAGGGCACCAAGAGGGUUUUGCAAAGUGGAGAUGCAGGCAAUUUUGCAAUAUGGAAGGGCUCUCCUCAGUGAAUGCCCCACAGUGAGAGCCUGAGCUUUGGAGAUGGCAACUGGGGUCCCCAGGCAUGAUCCCCUCUCAGCCUCCCAGCAGCCUUGUUUUAUGGAUGAAAGAGACCAAGGCUCUGAGGAGUUAAAUGUUUUAUCCUAGGUCAUGCGAUGGUAAGGGCCAAGCUUGCUCUCAAGUCAAGGCCUUUGAACCUAAUCUACCGCUUAUUUCAGAUUAAAAAGAUUGCCUUUUAAGAAUAGAAGUAAGAGAAAUCAAUCAUCUCCAGGAAAGGCAAGAGAGCGAUAUCCAGCAUGUCAGAAGCUGUAGUCCAUCAAGCUGUAGAGGGGAUGCUUUUAGGAUAAAUAAAAUGAGAUGCCUUAUUUUCCACCCAGUGGAGAAUAACCUUCCAGAAUUCAUUUUCCUGAGGGGGCAUAGGCUGAAAAGAUCAAAAGCUUCCCACAAGAUUUGAAAAGUCUAAAAUGAGAGAUCAGAUCAAGCUUCUUAAGAUAGGCUCUCAGGGGGCUCUGGAAUGGUUAGGUUACACCCCUUCCCCUUUUGAAUUUGGCAUCAAGAGGAUCAGCAGACAGUCAUGAAGUGCUAGGCAGUGAUGGAAUGUUGGCCAAAGGCAGAGAGGGAUAGCUUUAGACUCAGGCCUGCUUGUGCCCAGUAAGUACUGGAAGGAGGCCUUUGACCUGAGACCAGUUGAAGGCACGGAGAGAGCCUGCCCAUGCUGAACCUGCCAGGUUUUGUGCCCAGAUUUUGCUAAUUGACUGACUUAGAAUCUCAGCCCUUAGUGAGUGGGAAUCAAAUGGAUCUGACUUUUGCCAUCUCCCCCAACCGGAGAUGUAGACUCUUCUCCCUAAAAAGGUUAACGCUUUCCAGGCAGCCUCCAGCUAUCCUCCCCGCUUCCUUGCUGCUGCCCUGCUGGUGGAUGGGCUGCUUUCUUUGCUGUCUUGCUCUUGGUCUCAGCCAUCUUGCUAUUCCUUUUUUAGCUCCUGAUGAAGACAGUGCAACCUUACCCUCUACCCUGUCUUCACGUUCUCUUCCCUGAAGACUUUCUCUGAAUAGGGCCAUCCAUCCACCAAACUGUUUCCAGAUCCCCGAUUUUAAAGGUAGAAUGAUAACAGAAGGUAAUCUGGUGGGCACUUACAAGAUAAGCCAGGCACAGAGUCAAGCUUUUCAUUUACCCUGUCUCAUCUAAUCCUCAUGCAGACUUAUGAGGUGUGUUACUCCUGGUAUACAUUUACUCUCAUUAUUCCCACUUUAGAGAUGAAGACGCUGAGUGCCAGAGAAGUUAAGAAACGUGCCCAAGGUCACACAGCUAGUGGGUGGCUAGGAUUGAAGCUGAGCUCCAGGGCACCUGCUUUUGAUUAUUUUGCUGUAUAGCUUUCCUGCAACUGCAGACCAUCCAAGCUGGGAGGGCCAGGGAGGCUGAGCUGUCACACUCCUACUUAAAGACCAUUGUGGGAGGCCACUGUCUUCAGAAUAAAGCUUGGCUUUCCAGGCUCUCCUUGGUAGCACUACACUCCUGCUUUGCUCCUGGAGCCCGGCCACACCGCACUAUUUCCCCCUCUCUAAACUCACCAUGCACAUUCACAGUUAGGCUGUUUCAUCUGACUGACAUUGCCUGCCCUCCUCGGCUGUCCCUGCCAGAUGCAAUCCUCAACCUUCAAGGCUUAGUAGCUCCUCUGAGAACACCUUUCUCAGGCAUGCAUCGGAAGUCCUGACUUUCACCUUCAUGGUUCCCAGAGUAUUUUUUUCACCCUUAGCACAAUUCAUCCUUAGCACCUGGAUGACUGUGAGCUUCUUGGGUGCAAGUGGAUGUUAUAUUUUAUUUUAUUUGUCUUUGAUUCUAUUGUUGUCUGGUCCAUAGUAGGUCCUCAGUAGAGGUUGUAGGAUUGAAUUAGGCUGUCCAGUUAAACUCUUCUAUAUUCUAGAAUCUAGAUGAGGAAACAGGUGCAAAAAGAGAAGUGACCUGGCCAAGGUUAGUGUCAGAGCCAGGACCAGAACUCAGGUCUCCUGAUUCUUUGGAUUCAGAGCUUUUUCUGUCGUGCUUCAGCUUUGUGGAGACCAGAGCAUGGAUCUGCACUUGGUCUAUGAAGGUUCACUUCAGGGUCAUGGAUGCCACCAUGUUCCCAUGCUGACACUGGGGAAUCCCCAGAGGGAAAGGAAGCCCUGUUGGAGCUGCUGGUGUGGAUUGUGGGCUUACUUCUCACCGAGCCCCUUGCUUGCAGAGAAAACCAGAAAGAGAUUCUGAAAAUCUUGCCUCGAGUCCUAAUUUUGCUGUACUCACUGUGUGAUCUUGAGCAAAAUGCCUCACAUCUCUGAUCCUCCAUUCUUUUACCAAGAAAAGUUAGGGAGUUGAAUUCAGAUGGUCUCCAGGAGUCAUCUGGUUCCAGAAUAUCAGGAUAUAACAAUAAAGGUGAGGAUAAAGUAGCUACUUCCCUCAGAAAAGGUAGAAACCCUGGUCUAGGGUGAGAAUUGUCUAGGUUCUUCAUCACAGUCACGGUCUCGAGAUGCAUAGUGUUCCAUUGAAACAGUUCCAUGAGGGAUUUCAGAGGGGAGAAUGGGCAGACUGCAAAGCUGUGGUCCUCUAAUAGCAGGCAAAAGGAAGAAAGGGAACAGACAUUUUAGUUUUCACACUGAAAUAGAGUGUAUGUGUAUGGCUCUAUGCAAAUAUUGUUUCUGGUGAAUAUUCAUCAUGUACUCAUCACACCUAGGUAUAUUUAGACAGGAAGGGAUCCUCAUCACAGACACCCAAAUUAUGAGCACACUGCUGCCUCCUCUCACCAAGAAGUGCCUCUUCCAGCCUCCCCUGUGGGAGGCCAGCACAAGACAGGCUCUCCAACCCAAUAUCCUCCCCGUCCCUCCUUCUUUUGUGCUCAGGUGGCUGAACGCACACUGGACUCUUUUGUUUGAACUUCACGUAUACAUAGGUUGGUACAAAAGUAAUUGUGGUUUUUGCCAUGAAAAGUAAUGACAAAAGCCAUAAUUACUUUUGCGCCAACCUAAUAUGUAUGCAAGUAUGUUCUUUAACCUUUCCAACAAUCAGUCCAAGGCACCAGGCUAAUUUCCGAGUGGAAUUCGUGGUCACUGGUGUACGGUCCUUUAGUUUUUGGUGUGGUCAGAAGUCUCCUUCAGACUCUUCCCCAGAAGCGGCCAUUGACUUUUUCGUCACCUUUAAUACCUAUCCCCUUUUGUUCAGUUAACACUACCCAAGAGAAAUUUUCAAAAAAAUUGUCCUAAGUGUUAAUGUGUUUCUGUUUUGGUUUCAGUCUAUUACUGCAAUAUAGUUUUCUACCAUUUCUACUUGAUAGAAGACUAUAUUAAGGGUUAAGUAGGCUGGCCUAGGAGCUGACCACUGUAACAUACUUUUGAGUGGGGAAGUGCAUUCAAUACUCAGGUGGACUUUGGGAACAUAGUAUUUAUUUUAUGAAUGACUAGAAUAUUGGUAGAACCAUAGAAACUUUGAAUGUGAAGCUGGAAAGCCUCUUCCCUCCUCCACUGAGAUCAAUUAAUUAGCAAGCUAGGUUGUGGCCGGGCAUGGUGGCUCAAGCCUGUAAUCCCAGCACUUUGGGAGGCCGAGGCGGGUGGAUCACGAGGUCAAGGGAUCGAGACCAUCCUGGUCAACAUGGUGAAACCCUGUCUCUACUAAAAAUACAAAAAAUUAGCUUGGCAUGGUGGUGCGUGCCUGUAAUCACAGCUACUCAGGAGGCUGAGGCAGGAGAAUUGCCUGAACCCAGGAGGCGGAGGUUGCGGUGAGCCGAGAUGGCGCCAUUGCACUCCAGCCUGGGUAACAAGAGCAAAACUCCGUCUCAAAAAAAAACAACAAGCUAGGUUGUGAAACCAACACCUAAAGAGGCAAAAACUUGGCCAAGGACAAGUAAUUGGUGACUUUUGAUGAUUCUGCUGGGCUGGGGGCGGGGGAGGGUAUACAGAUGGUCUUAGAGUUGUCUCACUCUGCAACUCACUGUGUUGGCCUUAGGAAGUUAAGUCACUGUGUUGGGCUGUAACGGAAAUAGUGAGAAAGCAGCUCAGCUAAUGGCGUGGGGAGAGAUUGUCUGGUCCUCCCGCUUGUCUGUAAAUUCCUGGCGUGUGCUUGCUGGAGCAGAAUGAAUGGGGCUGCUGUGUUUUACCUGCAGUGAGGAGCAUGGCGGGGCUGGUGGAGAGGCUCCCUGCGGUCUGUUCUAAAAAUAGCAGUGGGAAUGGAGCUGAGGGGAAGAGGAGUGGGCUCCUUCUGGAGCUGGGUGGGGAGACCUCACCCCCUUCCUCUUCCUGCCAGGCCCAAUGCGAGGAAGUCCCAUGGAGUCACAGGAUUCCAGCUGGGAGGCUCUUGGAGCCAUCAGCUCUCACACCCCCUCCUCAUCCAGGCGAGGAGACCCUGGAGGCCCAGAGGGCAGAAAGCACUGGCUGGUGGUGAGCAAGCCCAGGAAGAAGGGCCCAGAUGGCAGCCCAUUUUCCCCUGGCUGUUUGAUCACAGUGGCUGUAGGCUUUGUGAGGUUUGCUGUCACUGCCUUUGGGCACACAGAGCCUGGGAACUCCUGGGAACAGAUGUGGUCAGGCUUCCUGAGAGUCGCCCAGCAGGCGAGGAGUCCCCAGCUGGUCCACCCUGAGCCCUGACCUCAGCCAGCUGGCUGUCCAGGGCCUCGCCUCCUCUUGCUGAUGUCCCCUCCCUUGCUGACUCGUCCUCCUUUCUUUGGACUGUCUGCAGGGAGGGCGGACAAGGGCCAGCCUAGAUCUGGCCUGUGGAACAGAGGGCUUAGUGGCUUAGUACCUUUCCCUUCCCUUCCCCAGGAACAAACAGAGGCAGCCUAGGUAGUAGCAGGCUCCUGCAGAUUUAGAGACAGACAGGCCAGGGUUUAAAUCCUAGCUCUUCCUCUCACUAGUCAUGGGAUUACUAGUGGGUCACAGAACAUCUGUAGAAUGAGACAAGAACGCCAAUUUCACUGGGGUCUUGUGAAGAUCAAAGGGGAUCUGUUGGAAUGCCUGGCAUGCAGUAGUUACUUGGUAAUGGUAGCUCUUAUUGCAAAAUCAAGCAGUGAACAUGUAUCUGACUUUCUAUAACCAUCUUCCUUGGGGUUUCCACUCAUGGGGCAUGGGAAGGUGUUUGUUUGUUUGUUUUUGUUUUUUUUUAAAAUGCAGUUGACUUUUUUGUGGUGUUGUUGCAAAAGUAAUCCAUGUGAUUGAUGUUUAUUAUGAGGAAAACAUUUAAUACAGAUGAACCAGGAGAAGGAAAUGAAAUUCAUCCUUAAUCCCAGCACCCAGAGAUACACCACUGUUAACAUUUUGGGAUGUGUCCUGUCAAGCAUUUGUUUUUACACACAUGUAUCUUAUUUGCAAAUUGGGGUUACUGGUGCAAUUUUCUAACCUGCUUUUUCUCCCCCAUUUAACAGCGUAGUGUAUCCAUGUGUCCGUUUCAAUAAAUAUUCUUCUACAAUGCUG